AUGUCCGCCGCGAAAGUUGACCCCGCGCCCAACGCCGCCACGAGCGGUGAUAAGCAAUCAGGCAAAGAUUCCAUAUCAGAUCACGAGUCUCUUGAGGUUCGCAACAAUAGCUUAAGAAACCAGGUGUCAUCUCCAAAGAAGAAGCGGGCGCGCGAUGAGGUAGACGACCCGAACGACACCUCCUCAGAUGGCGAUGUAUCUCCGAUAGGCGCCGAUUCCGCCAUUUCUGAGCCCGAGAAGAAACGUCCUCGCGACAUCUCAAGUGAAUACAAAGUAAAAGCAGAUGCGCUUACUGCUUCGUUCAAGUCCAAAGACAGCUCCGAAGCUAAGACGGAUGCUAAGAAUGACACACCAAGUACUGAGAAGCAAGCGGCGACAAAGGAAGACAUCGAUACCGAGAAGGGAAAAAAUACAAGCACAACAUCUAACUCUGCUUUCAGCAGCUCUGGAAUCGCAGGGUUUGCUUCCCAAGCAUCGCCGUUUUUACAGCCUGGCUCGAAACCCUUAUCUUCUUUCGCUAGUCCGUCUGGCUCACAGUCCCCAUUCGGCGCCGCUGCCACAACAUCUACAACAUCUAUAUUCGGCAGUUCCAGCUUGUCUAAUGGUACCUCUCCUUUUGGUCAAGUAGGAGGAGCAGCGAAACCUUUCGGCAGUACCGUCUUCGGCGGAACAUUUGGCGGAAAAUUCGGCGAAUCUAAGCUUACUAGCUUUGGUAAGCCCGGUGAAUCAUUUAAAAGCAGUAAACCGGCUAAGCCGUUCGGAGCACCUGUGAGCGAGGAGGAAGACAAUAAUGGAGAAGAUGGUGGCAACUCUGAAGAUGGAAACAGAGCUGAUAACGAGGAUAAAGAAGCUCAAGAGGAGAAGAAUGCGACUGAUGACAAGAAGAAGACAAAGCUUCAGCGAGUGGUUAUUGAUGAUGGUGAGGCUGGCGAGGCUACUAUCCUGCAAGUUCGUGCCAAGAUCUUCCAUCUCGAUAAAGCUAGCUCCUCUUGGAAAGAACGGGGCGCUGGAAACCUGAAGAUCAACGUACCUCUAUCCUGCGUCGAUAUUGACGAAGAUACGGGUGCAGCUAUUCCUGGAUCCUUUGAUGCAUCCGCUCUAGACGGCGCCGAUGCCAAGGUCGUUCGUUUGGUCAUGCGACAAGAUUCUACUCACCGCGUGAUCCUUAACACUGUCAUAAUUCCGGCCAUGCAUUUUCAGGAAAAGUCUACAGCCAAGGCAACUCAUGUCCUAUUCACGGCUAUAGAAGACGAGGGGGCUGUCAGCGUUCAAGUAAAGAUGAACACGGCAAAUGCCAAGAGCUUCCUAAAUGAGGUCGGAAAGAUACAGCUUACCGACAAAUCCAGUUCUAAGGACGGUAAAGCAAAGGGUCUCGAUGUUAAUGUCGAGGAACACUUGAGUGACGGAAAGAAGAAGAAUAAAGUAAUUGAUGGGGUGGCCCCUGCACCAGAGCAGGAGCUACCACAAUAUGUUGAACCUGCUGGGGAGUCUAAUGGUCAUUUACCCCAGCCAGCCCCAAAGAAAUCGAGCGUGAAUGGAUCCGAUAAGGAGGCCUCUAGCAGCCUGAGCCUAAAGAGCCGGUCUUCAUCUGGGGAUUCAGUCAAGCGCAAGGUCGCAGAGUUGGAUGGCCCUCUGACGCGAGCUGGGAAGAAGAGACUCGAUGCGUCCUUGUUUUCCGAGAAGCGGUCUUAG